AUGUCCGGCUUAUGGGACCAAGAUGCACAGACUCGCAGGGCGAUGGAGGCACGUCUGUUUGGGCGCGUACAGGAGCACGCUAUGAGAGCAGCUCACAAAUUCGUGACGGGAUCUCCGGUAGUACUCCCUCCGGAGUUUCGCCUUGCCGUCCUGAAGUGUAGGCCAAACAUUCUGGACUGCCUGCUGGAUUGCAUGUUACUGGAGCGCCCAAAGUUCUUUCCUGAGUCCAUUAUGGGCUUCUUGACAUGCAGUACUCUGAGCGCGUUGUUUAGUUGCCCGUUGUACAGCAUACCCGGAGUUCCUACGCCGAAUGAUGGCACGUUUCUUUCACGGGGCUUCAAGUCUGUCUCUCAAGCAUUGCAAAUCCUUACCGCGCAAAAGGAAUGGUCAGAGAGGAUCAUUGGCGCGUACCUGAAACUCGAGGAUGAGGAAGACCUCGCACCAAGCAUCGCACUUCGAGAGAAUAUCCGCAACCUUGAUGUCUUACUUCCCGAGGAUCCUGGAAGGAAGAAAUUUUACGAUGAUGUCAUGAAGAAUCUCGGUAUGUGA